AUGAAUAAUAAUAACAACAACAAUAAUAUAAAAGAAGUUGAUGAUAAAGAUGAAAAAAGUUGUUAUGUAAUUAAAGAUAAACAAGAUCACAAAUCAUCUUCAACAUCUUCAAAUGUAAGAGUAUACUAUUAA